AUGGAUAUAGACGAAAAAGUUUCUGGGCCCGGUGGGGCCUCGCAGAAGAAUUGGACACAUUUGAACGCCACCAGCGAUGAAUUGCCCCUUGAAAUGCGUUUCAACCAUGGACACAUGGUCUCUAUAGUGGUGUACAGUGUACUUAUGAUGGUAUCAGCUGCUGGAAAUUUAACAGUUCUAUCACAACUGGUCAAAAGAAGAAGAGCUGGACGGGCUAGUAGGCUGGACGUGUUGCUAAUGCAUUUGGCGGUCGCUGACCUUAUGGUGACGUUUCUGAUGAUGCCGCUGGAGAUAGCCUGGGCAGGGACGGUUCAGUGGAGAGCUGGUGAUCUGAUGUGCAGGCUCAUGAUGUUUACAAGAACCUUUGGAUUAUAUCUCUCCAGCUUCGUCUUAAUCUGUAUCGCGAUUGACAGAUAUUACGCGAUCCUAAAGCCUUUAAACGUGACAUGGGAGGCUCGUGUGCGUCGAGCCUUGACCGUCGCAUGGGUGUGUGCUGUCCUCGCCAGCCUGCCUCAAAGCUUUAUAUUUCAUUUGGAAGAACAUCCUGAUGUUAGAGGGUACUACCAAUGCGUUUCCUACGGUUCGCUGCCGACAGAGCGGCAUGAAUUUGCCUAUUUUCUGGUAAACAUGGCCCUGAUGUACGUCGCACCUCUGGUUUCAACACUAUACUGCUCUUCUGCAGCCCUUCUUGAGAUCAUACGGAGGGCUAACACUGCUAAUGAUAAAAUGCGUCGUAGUGGAGUUGGUAUCUUAGGAAGAGCCCGUGCCAGAACCUUAAAGAUGACUGUGACCAUAGUUCUCGUAUUUUUCGCUUGCUGGUCGCCUUAUUACUGUUAUUGUUUGUGGUAUUGGAUAGAUAAAGAUUCAGUGAAAAGCUUAGACCCAGCCUUCCAGAAGGCCAUGUGGCUAUUCUCGUGCACCAACUCCUGCGCUAAUCCAAUCGUUUAUGGAGUCUUUAAUAGGAACCGUUGGACUUGGAGAUCUAGCCAUACGGGUCGAUGUCGAAAUGGUUUGCGAAGAUGUUCAAGAUUUCCACACGGCGAUUCAAUGGAGAUAUCAGCUGCUACUCUGGCUCAAGCCAGACAACGGAGUGACAGAAACAGCAGGCGAGACUCGGGAUUCACAGCGAAGAACGGAUCACAGAAACACAUAAACAACAACAACAAUAUUAACGGAAUCGUUUAA